UCAUCGACAUGGCCGAUAUGACCGGCCGCGUUAUACUUACAGGUCGAGAUCGAGAUCACGAUCUUGGACCUAUUCUAGGUCUACAUCAAGAUCCCUAUCUCCGCCGCCGAGAAGUAGAUCUCGUUCGGCAUCAAAAAGUAGAUCUCGAUCGCCCAUAAUAGUUAUAGAAACUGCGGACGAUCUCUCUUGUGAACCGGAGAAAGCAGCGCCAGAGAAGGAAGAUUUAGUACAAAAUUCCGAUAAGAAAGAAGAUACGCAAGCAAUUGAAGAUAUUAGUGAUAACAUCUUAGCCUUGCUCGGGGAUGCACCAGAAGAGGUUGCAUUUGGUCCAAACCUUCUUGGACAGGUUGCUUCUCGUUGGCAAGAUAUAAUUAAGAAAGGUAUGAAUAAAGAUGACAGAGACAAGAUUAUGAAAAAAUAUCCCGCUCCAGAUAACUGCAAAAUUAUUGGAGCCCCCAAAAAUGAAUUUAGAGGCUCAAGUUGCAGCGGGCGAGACUCUUGUUCACAGGGACAAGGCGAUCGAAAUGAAGCAGAAUGAAGUUUCUUGUGCCCUGACCGCGAUUGGUCUAGCCCUUAACAAGUUGUGCUUGGUACCUGGUAAUGAGGAGGUUAUUAUGUUCCUGAGCGACUCUGCCCGUCUCUUGUGUGAUUACCAACACAGGGAAUCCCAACUAAGGAAGAUGUUCAUAAUAUCGGGUCUUGAAAACAAAACCGCACGCGACACUUUACGAGAUUGUGAGGUAGACCAGUGGCUUUUCGGAGAAAACUUAGCUGAAAAAUUAAAGACUUCUAAAGCGAUUGAACAAUCUAGCAAAGACCUAAAAAACACAAAAAGACCGAAGAAGAUACAACCCAGUAAUUUAAACUUCAAAGGCCCGACCAACAACACACACAAACCCAGAGCCCGAGGUCAUCUGAAGCAAUACCACAGGAAACCGAACAACACUUCUUCUGCCAAGCCACACCAUCAGCAGAAGCGUCGCACUCACCGACAUUACAACAGCCGCCGUUAAAUGAUCAGGUUGGUAUGAGUUACUGUGGUCAACUUAAAUAUUUUUUGGAGCAAUGGCAAAAUGUCACCAAUGACCAAAGGGUCUUGUCCUGGAUAUCAGGAUAUAAAAUUCCUUUUUUAUCUAGGCCAAUUCAAUCAGUUAUUCCAAAAAAUGAUCACUUCCCUGAUCUCGACGCUCAAAUACUAGAUAAACUUGUUUCUGAGCUGUUAAUAAAAGGCGCUAUUGUAAAAUGUUCACCUUGUAAAGGUCAAUAUCUGUCAAAAAUAUUUUGCGUGCCAAAACCUAAUGGAGAGUACAGAUUUAUUUUAAAUUUAAAAAAUCUUAACGAAUUUAUUGCUACUGAACACUUCAAAUUAGAAGACAUCAGAACUGCAAUAAAGCUAAUGACACCAAAUUGCUUUAUGAGCACUUUAGAUCUCCAAGAUGCUUUUUUCUUAAUACCUAUACACCCUGAUUAUAGAAAAUACCUACGUUUUAUGUGGAAAACUGAGAUAUUUCAGUUUCAGGUCUUACCAUUUGGACUAAAUGUUUCUCCUUAUGUAUAUACUAAGCUACUCAGACCUGUCAUGAAACAUCUAAGAUCCAAAGGUCACAUACUGAGUAAUUAUUUAGAUGACAUAUUUAUUGUAGGAAGCACUUAUAAUGAAUGUUUAAAUAGUAUACAAGUUACACUUGAUACCAUUAACUAUCUUGGACUAAAAGUAAACUAUGACAAAAGCUUCCUGGUACCCCAAAGAACUGUCAAAUAUCUGGGUUUCAUAUUAGAUUCAAAAAAUUGGCAACUUUCCUUACCUGAUGAGAAAAAGUCCAAAGUUGAACAAGAGAUUAAGUCAUUUAUUAAAUUGAAAAAUUGUUAUAUUAGGGACCUUGCACAUUUAACUGGUUUACUUGUCUCUAUUUGUCCUGCUACUGAAUAUGGUUAUAUGUAUACUAAAGAACUGGAAAGACAAAAAUAUAAAUACUUACAGAAACAUAAUGACAAUUAUGAUUGCAAUAUGCCUAUAUCACUUAGUGUGAAAAAUGAUUUAAAAUGGUGGUUAAAAACAAUAAAUAAGGCAAAAUGUAAAAUAAAGUGUAAUAAUUUUAGCAGAGAAAUUUAUAGUGAUAGUUCAUUGACAGGCUGGGGCGGUUCAUGUGGAGAUGAGACGGCCGCUGGGUUAUGGAAUGAUGAUGAGAGAAAACAUCACAUAAAUUAUCUGGAGCUUAUGGCGGCAUUUUUAUGUUUAAAGACUUUUUGUUCUGAUCUAACCGAUUGUGAGAUACUUUUAAGAAUAGACAACACCACAGCUAUCUCAUACAUUAACCGCCUAGGGGGAACACGUUUUUUACACCUUAAUUCAAUUGCGAGGCAAAUAUGGCAAUGGUGUGAAAAGAGACACAUCACAAUAUUUGCCUCCUAUAUUCAAUCAGAACUCAAUGUCAUAGCUGAUAAGGAAUCUAGAAAGGCUCAUUCGGAAAUUGAAUGUGAAUUAAACAAUGAAUAUUUUGAAAUCGUUCUGCAGUAUUUUGGAAUUCCAGAUAUAGACUUGUUUGCUAGUCGCGCAAAUAAAAAAUGUGAGCGCUAUGUAUCCUGGACAAGGGACCCUGAUGCUUUCCAAAUAGAUGCUUUCACAAUUUCAUGGACACCUUAUUUUUUCUACGCUUUCCCCCCAUUUGCGCUGAUACCUAAGGUAUUGCAAAAAAUUAUUUUAGAAAAAUCAGAAGGCAUUGUUAUUGUACCUAAAUGGCAAGCUCAGGUGUGGUACCCUAUUUUUACAAAACUGGUCAAAACAAGAUGUAUAGAAUUAGGCCCUAGCACUCAUUUAUUUAAAUGUUAUUCCAGCAACCAGCGGUUUCAACGGCGUCUUAUCCUGGUUGCCGCGGUGCUAUCCGGAAAGCGCUAUCUAUGAGGGGCGUGUCGUCUGGUGCGGCCGAAAUUAUGUUGAAAUCCCUUGCGCCCAACACCGUCAAGCAGUAUGACACGUACUUGAAACGCUGGUAUAUGUAUUGUGGAACAAAUCAUAUUGAUUAUUUUAAGGCUUCUAUUCCGGAAGUGCUUGCUUUUUUAACAGAAUUGUGUAGUGAUGGAGCCGGGUAUGGAAGUAUCAAUAGUUGUAAAUCUGCCCUGGUGCUUCUAUUAGGAAAUAAGAUCUCGUCAGAUGAUAGGGUGAAACGAUUUAUGAAGGGCGUUUUUCGAUUAAACCCGCCACAACCUAAAUAUAGUGUAACCUGGGAUCCUCAGUUAGUAUUGAAUCAUUUGUCAAAAAUGUCACCUAAUAAAAAUCUGUCUUUGGAAAAUUUAAGCAAAAAAUUAGUAACUCUAUUAGCUAUUGUUACUGCACACAGAGUGCAAACCCUGUCUUUGAUAAAAUUAUCAAACAUCUAUCAUUAUUCUGAUAAAAUUCUUAUCAAAAUUUCAGACUUGAUCAAAACUUCCAGAGCGGGUUCAUAUCAACCCGUGCUAUCUUUACCUUUUUUCAAAGAAAAACCUGAUAUUUGCCCAGGUCAAGCAUUGUUAGACUAUAUUAACAUGACGAAGGAUAUUCGUGGUGGUUGUGAGCGAUUAUUUAUCGCCUUCAAAAAACCCCAUAAAGAGAUCACUUCCCAAACAAUUAGUAGAUGGAUUAAGAAUAUGCUAAAAGAUAGUGGUAUUGAUACCUCCAUUUUCGCCUCCCAUUCAACUCGCCAUGCAUCGGUGUCAGCCGCAGAUCGUUUGGGAGUGAAUAUCGAUGUAAUUAGAAAAACAGCAGGUUGGAGUGGCACUUCCAAAGUUUUUGCUAAAUUUUAUAAUAGACCCAUAGCGCCAAAUAUUGAUUUUGCAAGAUCCUUAGUUUCUGAUUAAUUAGAAAUAAGUAUUCAAAAUUGUCAUAUGUCUUAAGCAGCAACGCACCGUCAUGUGUUGCUAUAGUUGUUGAUUUUGUUAGAACAGCCCAUGCUGUCUCUGCUAAUUGUUGUAGUUUUAUACAAAUUUAAGUUUUUUAAAUAGUACUAAUUGUAUUAAGAAGGAACAAAUUAUCUUUUGUUUCAUUUGACUAUAAUUAUGAGAGUCAAGUUUAGUAAAUGUUGAUCUCACUGGAUCUCUUGAGAUAGUUAUAAGAGUUACCUAAAUACAUGGUUGAUGAUACCUAAACAGUUACGUUUUAAGUAAAGCAAUGGUUUGCUAAUUAUUGAUUGUAAUGCAAAGCCAAAAAUAAACUUUAAAUAUCUCUAAACAUCUACAUAGUUAUUAUCAUUGAAGAAAUUUGUGCAGCGUAAUAAUAAUUGGAAAUUAAACGAACUUACCUGUAAGUGAAGUUCUAUUUCAAUUAUAUUAGCUGCACAAAUUUCGAAAUGAUAACCCAUCCCGCCCACUACCCGCGUUGUCCUGAGACAACCAGGGAUUCUAAUAGUGUAAAAAUCCCUGUCAAAGUUUAAGAUAAUAUUGGCUUUGCUGAGUUGUGAGCCAAGCUGUCACAUCUGCUGACAUAUUCACUGCCAGCGCGUGCUGCUG